ACGUACAACAUUAUUGACGUGCAUAAACUUCCUCUUCAAUUCUGUUCAAGACUGUUCGAGGUUUCCAAAAGGGUAGGGCUGGAUCCGGUAUCGGAGUCUGGUGGGGGUGAUUAAAUGGGGUUUAAGAGUCCGACGCAGGGGUUUCGAGGGGAGGAAGAACAACUAAUGAUGAUGUCGCAGAAGAAGAACAGUGUUUCAGGGGGUGUUUUGGAGGAUCGAUUCAAUUCGAUUCAGUCCUUUAAUCUAUGUCGAACAUAGGGUUUAAACUCGAAGAAGAUGAUAACGAUAGGAAGUAGUAAAAUCAGGAGUUGCGGAGAAGGUUGGAUGGUCAAAAUUAUUGGUUAGUAAUUGUAAAUACAUGGUGGUUGGGUUCUCGAUGAUGAUAAAGGCCGGCGACAAAUUAAAGGGUGGUGGGUUUUUGAACAAAAUAAUACGAAGAAGAUGAUGAACUAUAAUAUAAUUAUGAAAAAUAUAAAAAAAAAAGUUUAAAAAUAUAAGCGCAGUAUAGUGAUAGAGUCGAUUGAUAAAGAUUUAACUGAUUAUAGACUUCUAGUAGAAUUGUUAGAUGGGAGAACCAAAACCAGAAAAAAAAACAUUGAAAUGAGGACUAUACAUAGAAAAAAUAACUUUUUAAGGACCAAAACCAGAAAGAUGACAAAUCAUAGGACUAUUUUUGCAGUUUAACCUAUAUUCUGUGACAACAGAUCAUGAAUGUGAAUACAAGUCCCUUUAUAAAUAUGUGGUGAUGAGAUAUUUCUUUAGCUUUUGGUAAAGUGGAAAUUUCUUCUUGAGCUUUUGGUAAACUGGAAAUUUCUUGGAAACUCACAUCUCUCUGUUUCUUUCUUUCUCUCUCUAUAUAGGUCAUUUCAUUGAGGUGCUAAAACCCCUGACAUUUAUCUCAACAUCAGAAGGUGGUGAUCUUGGAAGUUAAAACACAUUGAUGGCAUCUUCAUCAUCUUCUCCUUCUGCUCUAGCCUUUUCUUCUCCGCUGUGGAAGUACCAUGUUUUUCUUAGCUUUAGAGGGGAAGACACGCGUAAGACUUUUGUGGAUCAUUUGUACACAGCUCUUGUACAACAAGGGAUCUACACUUACAAGGACGACGAAACACUUCCUCAGGGAGAAUCAAUCGGUCCUACCCUUAUGAAGGCUAUUGAAGAAUCGCAGAUUGUCAUCAUUAUAUUCUCUAAAAAUUAUGCAGAUUCUUCAUGGUGCUUAGAUGAACUUGCAUACAUUAUGAAAUGCAAGGAUAGGAAAGGGCAAAUUGUUAUGCCCAUAUUUUAUGAUGUGGAGCCCUCUGUAGUGCGAAAACAAAAACAGAAUUAUGGAGAAGCAUUUUUCAAACAUGGGUUAGAGAACAAUGACAAGGUUGGAUCUUGGAGAAAAGCACUAGUGGAUGCAAGUAACCUUUCUGGAUGGGAAACCAAGCAAAUAGCCAACGGGCAUGAAGCACAAGGCAUCAAAGAAAUUGUUGACACAAUUUCACAUAGGUUGCAUCUAGCAACUUCAAAUGCAAAUGAAAACCUGAUUGGAAUAGAGGCUCGUGUGCAAGAAUUUAAAUCAAAGUUACAAAUUGACUCACGUGGUGUGCGUAUGAUUGGGAUAUGGGGGGUUGGGGGUGGUGGUAAGACUACUCUUGCAUCUUAUGUUUAUAGUGAAAUCUCUAGCAACUUUGAUGGUUCUUGCUUCGUUGAAAACAUUCGAGACGAAUCAAGCAAGUAUGGUUUGCAAAAGUUACAAGAAAAAAUUCUUUUAAAAGUGUUGAAACAAAAAGAAAUGGAAGUGCAUAGAGUUGAAGAAGGAAGAUGCAUGAUAAGGGAUAGGUUGUGCCAUAGAAAGGUCUUGAUUGUUCUUGAUGAUGUCGAUCACUUUGACCAACUAAAAGCAUUAGCUGGAUCACAUGAUUGGUUCGGUGAUGGAAGCCGGAUAAUAAUAACAACUAGAGAUGAGCAUUUGUUAAAUGCUCACAAAGUAGAUGUCAUACACAAUAUUAGCUUGUUAAAUGAUGAUGAGGCUAUUAAGCUCUUUAGCAAGCAUGCACUUCGGGAUUAUAGACCUAUGAAAGAUUUUGCCCUGCUUUCAAGUGAUGUGGUUUCUUAUGCUGGUGGCCUCCCAUUAGCACUUACGAUUCUGGGUUCUUUUCUGUGUGACAAAGACAUUAUUGAGUGGAGGAGUGCAUUAGCCAGAUUGAAAGAGAUCCCAGAGUCUGAUAUUGUGGAAAAACUAAAAAUCAGCUAUGAUGGACUUAAACCGGUUGAGAAAGAGUUGUUCCUUGAUAUUGCAUGUUUCUUCAGAAGGGAGUAUAAAAAUGAAAGGAUAAUGGCAACCUUUCAUGCUUUUGGUUUUUACCCUGUUAUAGGCAUAAAGGUUUUGAUAGAAAAGGCUCUCAUAACCAUUUCGGAAGGAAGGUUUGAUUUGCAUGAUCUGGUGCAAGAAAUGGCACACUACAUUGUUAGAGGGAAACACCCAAAAAAUCCUGAAAAACAUAGUAGAGUUUGGAAGAAGGAAGACCUUCUCAAAAUAUGUGUUAUGGAUGCGACAAAGGAACUUGACAUGGUUGAAGCAAUACAAUGCAAUAGUUAUGAUCUAGUAGAACCUGUUCCUAAGAUUAUUGCAAACAUGAAAAACCUUCGGUGGAUUUAUUGGAGAGGUGACCUUGCGAGUCCGUUUCCUAGUAACUUUCUACCAAGUGAGCUUUGUUGUCUAACAUUGGAUGGCAUAUCGCCAAAACAACUUUGGAAGGGUUACAAGCAUUUGCCGAAUUUGAAAAUCAUGGAACUUGCUGAUUUGAAAAACCUAAUCAAGACACCAGAUUUUGACGGACUUCCAAAUCUUGAAAGAUUUACUCUUCAUGUAUGUCACUGUUUAAAAGAGAUUCAUCCAUCGAUAGGACGCUUGGAAAGGCUUGUUUUCUUAUCUAUAAAAUAUUGUGCCAAUCUUAAGAUAUUUCCACCCCUUACCCGACUAAAGAAACUCGAGUCCCUUUCAGUAUCACAUUGCCCCAAACUUGUUAAGCUCGUAGAGAUCCCACAAAACAUGGACAAAUUACCAUAUCUUCAUUUGGAUAAUGGUGGGAAAGAAGUUGCAUCCUAUAAAAAACUUUCAACAAACAUUUUGGUUACGUGGUGGAUGUGUGGUGUUGUAGAAGUUAAGAAACCACAUAAGGACCUCAAUGAUGUAGAGUGUAGUUUACAGGAGCCUUGUGUACCUCUCAACAACAUGAACAACCAUAUAAGAAAGUUGAAUCUUUCAUACUGCAGUGUGGGAGAUAAAGACAUUGACUAUGCCAUUUGGGAUUUACCCAACUUGGAAGAACUCAAUCUAGAAGGAAAUAAGUUUUCAAGAUUAAGUUUUAGUCGCAUGCGACUUCCCCAACUCAAAUGGCUCAACGUGUCAUACUGCAAAGAACUUACAGAAUUGUCAGAGCUUCCAUCAAGUAUAGCUGUUGUUAAGGCGGAUUAUUGUAGAUCACUUGAAACCUUUGGUGAUAUUUCAAAAUGUAGAUGGUUGUGGAAAGUCUCACUUUGGGGGGAGAACAAACUUGUUGGUGACAUAUUACUAGACUCCAUGCUCGAGGGAAAUGCUCUUGAAGAUCAUUUUAUCAGUGUUGCUCUUGAACGUCAGAUGAUUCCAAAGGGGUUUGUUGGUAGGCUCUUUAGGUGGAAAACAUUUGUACUGCAUCUUCCACAUGAUUGGUCUAAUCACUUUUGUGGAUUCUUAAUAUGCUUUCUUACCAAAAUAAAUGCUCCAUAUCUUUACAUAAAAAUCGAGUGGGAGGUAGAUGAAGAUUCUCGAUCUGAGAUUUGUGAGGAAUCUAAUGAAGCAUCGGGUCUUGAAUAUCGUGAAACAAAGACAUAUGUGGGAUAUGUUUCCUUUAGUUCAUUGAGGCACACCACAUGGUGGAAUUCCUCAUGCAAUAAGAUUUCAUUUUCCAUAGACAUGGGCUGCAGUUCGGCUUCAGCUCAGAGUAAUUUUGGAGUUGAGCUAGUUCCUAGGAAAAUUAAAGGUGAUGAGGUGCAAAAAACAGAUUGCUCAGAAUUUUGGGACAAGGAACUUGAGGAUGAAACUACAUUUAUGAUCCAACAUGAUUCACCUUCUUCUAUCAAGAUUUCAUGGCAACCUUACCUCUACCCACGGUUGCAGCAAUUGACACUGGAGUUGAAUGUACACAAUAUAAAAGAAAUGCAGACUUUCACGACAGUUGCCACCCUUAUAGGGAACAGUACUUUUCUAUAGACAUGGAAAGCAAAAAAUUGACGUUGAACCAUUACAUGGCCUACUAUUCCAAAGGUGGUGUAAUUUGCUGAGUUCUUUGAUGGAUAUUGGAAGCAUAUAAGGAAAAGAUGCAUUCGGUACAUGUAUAUUGAAGUACGUUUCAAGAACUCAUGUGGGAAAUUGUCAAUGUACAAGAAAAGAUGUAGUAGGUACAUGCGCUCUACAAGACAUAUACAUACUUGUAUGGUUGUACCUGAAAAGCUUUUUAUACAAAUAUUCUAAUUGAUAAACAAAAGGCUUUGAGCACGUCACAUAAUUAGUUUGGCCAGGAAGAGAAAGCCGAAUAAUAAUCACCACCACCAGAUAUUAACAUUUGCUACAAACUCACUAAGGGGCUGUUUGUUUUUUGUGUGAAGAUCUGCGCAACCACUUUUGUCUGCGCUGCGCAGACAUAUGACAGUGUUUGUUUUUUAGAAGUACAUAGAUCAAAAAACAUCUGCGCGAGGUCUUCUUGGCGCAGACAUGGGCCACUGUCUUCAAAGGUCUUCAAACCUCAUUUUAAUCUAAACAAAAAAAAACAUGGGUCACCGUGCAAUUUUUUUUUUUUUUUUUUUUUUGCUGAAAAUGCAUUUUUAAUGUUUAUUACAUGAAAUUAAGUUUUAAAAUUCAAUUUAUUUCAACAGCCGCAGACGUUAAAAACAAACAGUAUUCUUAUUGCAGACUGUAGACAUUUGAUCCACCUCUUCUGCUGCAGUGGCUUGCAGAUGUGGUCCGCAAACUGCAGAUAUUUUGACUUCUAAAAAACAAAUAACACCUAAGUAUACAUUUGUCUAGGCUAGUAAUUAUUAAUUAGUUGUCAGUGAUGAGGAAAUAUAAACCUAUAGAAGAUUAUGAGAUACUUUUCACUAAAUGUGGUUUCUUGUGCCAGGCUCCUAUUGAUACUCAAAAUAUUGUAGAACAUUUGAAUGAAAACAAACCAGAAAAAACAUAAAGAUCAACUUGAAAAACAAGAAACUUUGUGUUUGACAUAGUUUUCUUAAAAUAAAUUUGACCCCCACUAGAC